CGAUGUAUCGUGGACAAAUUGCGCUGUCAGAUUUUGUCUGCGGAUGGUUCAGCUACACGGAUCUUGAUAUGCCAUGCGCGCCCGCACCAGUCCUUGGACCACGAAGGUUUUCGCACCCAGAGGAGCGGGCCAAUCUACGUUGUUACUCAUGUAGCAAUCGCCCUCCCGUCUCGCCGGAGUCGAUGUGCGUUUGCAUUACUUUUCUCCCCUCCACAAUCGGGUAUCGCACUGUAUCUCAAAUCAGGUAGGUAUUAUGCGUUUCCUUCCGUCUCAGUCGUCGCUGGUCUGACCGAAUGCGUCCAUCUGGAUCUUUUGGGUGCCAUCCGAAAAUGUUUCGAGUUUUCUACAUAAUCUUGACAGAAUCCAUUCCUUCGAGUCCAACAGCUUCAUCCAUCACGACAGUCUAUGCUCCUUUUCAUAUCCCGACUGCGGUGCCACAGUUUCUCAGCCUACGGCGAUGUCCUCGUACGCCCGUUCCACCUGUCCGAAUUUUACCGCCAGAAGCAGGCCCUGUCUUGCGAUACCUAAUGGUCGAUCACACAACAUACCACUUAGCGCUUGGUGUACCGGAUUCGAAUGCCAGAGACCUACGUAUUCUGCAUGAUCUUAGAGCUGCGACCUGCCUGCGUGAUGUAGGAGACUUCCUCGCUUGGCUUGUCCACCACACCCCCCUUGGAUCCAUGUACUCUGCUUGGAUUGAUUCGCCACUUAAUCCUGUGAAGCCGCGCGUAACAUCGAUUCGAGUCUUGGAAAGGAGACCUGCAAAUCUAGGCAUUCCAAUUCUAAUGAUUUUCAAAUGCAUCACAAGUCAACUCUGUUCGCAUACAAGAACCUCCAUCCGGAAUGCUUGUGAGGUCGACAAUCCAACAGCGCUGCCACGAUAUUGUCUUCAGCCUUUGAGCGGGCUACUAUCAACCAGAUAAUCUGGACAUGCUUGUUGCGACGUUUCCUGCAUGUCUACGGACUAACCUUCAUGUUCAUACCAAAAAUAACUGACGAUUAAGGUAACAUUUGCCGAGGAACGAACAGCUCCAUCCAGAUCCGAAACACCUCCGUUCACGCCCAAAGAUGCUCUCGAAAACCUUGGAACAUUCCUCUACGUAAGCUUCGCACGCAAUAUGCUC